CUCGUCCAUCUACAGUACUACCUAGGUUAUUAUUGUCUGUGUGUUCACUGACCAGUUUCAUCGCAAUACCUACCCGGCAGGUAAGCCUUCGUCCGCCGUCUCGGUCCUGCUGUCUCCUUUCGCAUUCACUUCUGCCUGUCCUGUUGUCCUAAUCUGACGUACACUGUGAUAUAUACCCGGGGCUGUGCACGAUGAGUUGGGCGGGUAUAUCAUUAUUAUAAGUCUCGAAUUUCGCUGGAGGACUUGUUUUUUUUGCCGUCGCCAACCUUGCGAGAGUUUCAAUUCGGAGACCAGACGUGGGAAUCUCAACGCCAUCUACUAUCCUUUCAACAUGCCUUUCCGAUUUCCAGAGUUCCUAAGCACUUAUCGUUUCUGGCUCGGGUCUUCCCUGCUUACCUCCUUUCUUCUGGUCAAAUAUGCCCCAGAAUACACGAUCCUAAGGUCCUAUACUUGGACCGCUUCGGCGAUAUUUGUACUAUGUUGUCUGGUCUAUUUCACGUACAGUCUCACCAUCUAUCCCCGGUUCGUCAGUCCUUUACGCGACCUGCCAACUGUACCUGGCGGAUCAUUCUUCGGAGGCCAAUUCCCUGCCUUGAUCAAAGAACCCUCAGGAGUGCCACUACGAAGAUGGGCGAAUGAAAUCCCAAACGACGGGCUCAUUCGAUAUUUCCACCUGUUUGGACGAGAACGGCUUCUGAUCACCGAACCAAAAGCCCUGGCCGAAGUGCUGACGACCAAAAACUACGACUUCAUCAAGCCGGAACUUCUUCGCAGCGGGCUUUCCCAGGUCCUCGGUGUUGGGAUCCUCCUCGCCGAAGGCGAUGAACACAAGGCGCAGCGGAAGAACCUGAUGCCAGCCUUCCACUUCCGGCAUAUCAAGGAGCUGUAUCCGAUUUUCUGGUCCAAAUCCAUGGAAAUGGUGCAAUGCAUCCAAUCAGAACUUGAAAAGGCGCAAGCUUCUGCCCCCGACAAAUCCGAAGCCCAACCGUUUUCCGUCGAGAUAGGCGAAUGGGUCAGCCGAGCGACGCUCGACAUCAUCGGCGUGGCAGGCAUGGGUCAAGAUCUCAAUGCGCUGCACGACCCAACCAACGAGCUGAACCGAGUGUACAGGGCAGUGUUCACGCCCGACCGCACAGCGCAAUUGGUCGCGGUGCUGCAAUUCUUCUUGCCUCCAUUUGUCCUACGCAGUCUCCCGCUGGCGCGGAACAAGAUGACAUCCGCGGCGGCCAAGGUGGCGCGUGACACGGCGCAACGACUAGUCGACCAGAAGAAGAAGCGAUUAGCGGAAGCGGCAGCGAACGCCGAAAAGCAAAUCGAAAAACCAAAGCAAUCUACCGACCUGGACAUCACAUCAGUAGCUCUGGAAUCUGGUGGAUUCACCGACAAAGAGCUAGUCGACAACAUGAUGACUUUUCUGGCGGCGGGCCACGAAACCACCGCAUCAGCAUUCACCUGGGCAGUAUACAUGCUGUGCCAGCACCCAGAGAUACAAACGCGGCUGAGGCGGGAAAUCCACCAACACUUGCCGAAAAGCGCCAGCGCCAGUGCCAGCUUCGGUAGUGGUGACUCUGACUCCAAAGUCGUCAUCACUCACGACAUGAUCGACAACAUGCCCUACCUCCACGCCGUAUGUCAAGAGACAUUACGCCUCUGGGCCCCCGUGCCACUAACACUGCGCAAAACCGCCGUCGACACCUCGAUCCAGAACCACUUUGUGCCCCGCGACACCAUGAUCAUUUUGUCUCCCUGGGCCGUCAACCAUAAUUUUGCACUCUGGGGGCCCGAUGCCGACAAGUUCAAUCCGGAUCGCUGGAUGGCUCCCGGCCAGGCGAAUGCCGGUGGUGCGGUUAGCAAUUAUGCGUUUUUGACGUUUUUGCACGGGCCCCGAAGCUGUAUUGGGAUGAAGUUCGCGCAGGCCGAGUUUGCGUGUUUGGUCGCUGCGUUUGUGGGCUCGUUUGAGUUCUCACAAUUGCAUCCGGAUGAAGUUAUUGAUAUCAAGGGUGGGAUUACGGCCCGGCCGAAGAAUGGAUUGCGUGUUAUUUUGAAGAAUGUGUCGUGGGAGAGUGAGGACGAGCACAGCAGAUGAGUGCUGUACAUAGCGAAAAUGAAAUUGGUCGGUCUGGGUUUGGCGUUUAUUAACAGGAUGUGAAGUGGCCUCCCUACUUAUGUACAUACAAUAUAUACGUACAGCAUAUGUUGCUCACUACAACAGUAGUAUAUGAACACAGCCCUUGGUUGGGUCUCUACAUAUACAUAUACAAAGGCCACUUUACUGACUGGACGCAACAAUCUGAUACCAAGUAUAUGCGUAGUUGAAGUAAAAUUUUA